CUCACACUUUUUCGUCUCAGAAUAUUUCACUUCCACAUCCAACACUGACUUUGUGUUUCUUACAGAUGGAGGUCUUCAUGAUGCGGUACGCAUGGGCGGCUCUCUGCAUCGCCGUGUUAGUGCUGUCAGGCUCUGCUGAAGGUGCAAGUUUGGUGACGUCAAAAGCAGCGAACACGGAACCGUCCUUCACGUAUGACUUCACCAUGGACAUCACCAACCGCAUCUACAAUGAUUCUCUCCUCAACACUAAAUCUCAAGACUAUAAUUUGAUGUAUGAGGAAGUUAGCUGUGCGCUCUACUCUGUCUACGGCUGCCCCACUUGUGACACACACACAUUGUACCGAGGUGUAACAGCCAUGACCUUCAGUAACAAAGAUGGAUCUGUGCUCGUAAUGGGGACUCUUGCGUUCAACUCGAGCCAAACUAACGCUGUAGUCCUCAAAGGCCUUUUUGAGCAUGCCCUUGCUGGUGGUACUGAAAUAAAUGGCCUUCAAUUCAACCCUGAAUUCCCAAUUGUUGUUUCAAGAUCAUCUCCAGGACACCACAACGCCGCAUCUCCAUCCUUUCAUCAAAGUCCCAUCACAUCGUUUCUCCGCUAUAGCUUUUCAUUUGGCCUGCUCUUUCUCCUUAGCUAUUCUUUUUGAUCCUGCCACUAUGGGUUGCAUAAUCUAUUGUCAUAAAGGUGUAUAAACAUAAUCAAGUCUAAACAAGGGAUAUCAUUAACAUUGCUAUUCUUCUAUAUAUAAUCAAUUCACAAAAUGAAUACUUUUGGGUGAAAUGGAUUUUUAAAACAGGGCAUCUUGCUUAUUUAAGAAGUUUCAAAAUUGUUUCAGAGAUUAAUAAUAAAUACAUGGUGAAGUACUUGGAAAUGAGAUGUUUAAAUGUUUGGGGUUAAGCCUUGUGAGCAUGAAAUGUUACAUUUGGCUGUAAAGUUGUUAUACUAACUUCAAUAAUUGUUUAUCACAGAUAUUGGAGGUGUGACUAUUUAUCACACCUAUUGGAGUCACUUUUUUAUGACUGAAUUUAAGUGCAGUGUUGUGCACAUUUUCAGACUCAGCUGCUUAAAUAGGAACCUCUAAUUUUGGGAAAGUUCCUUCUAUUCAGAAUCAGGUUAUGCAUGUGCUUAAGCUGAUUUUCAGAGCAGCCCAUUCCACUAUUGUUAUACUCUAUGAAGGGAGCAUAUAUAGCAAAUAGAAGCCAAUUGGGGUUUGCUCUAUGUGUUGAGGGAGGGAAUUCAAUUUAAAAAAUAUGUGUAAAGAUUAUUUAAAAAUUGCAUCAUUUUAUGUGGAUGCCAAGCUGCCCAUGAAAGCUUUUUAAGGAAGUCGAUAGCCCUCUAAUCUCUAUCUCCUAACUGAUUUGCUUACAGUGUUUAUUGUAAUCAGCACGAGACUAAUAAAAUGGA